UCUGUAAUAAUCCAAACAGAUUACAAACACAUCGUUCUGUUCUUCUUUCCUGAUUCACUUAGUUUUGGUUCUACACAAUUGUAAUCGGAAACCAUUAGCCUUUGCAUGGAGAUAAACCAUAGAAAAAAGGCAGUGGAAAACUACACAAACCAGCAGAUUAACAAAUUAAAAUUUGAGAUGGAAAAGAGAGACGCUGAAAGUGAAAUCGACCAAUUGUUAUCCCAACUUCAUCUCACUGUGUCAGAUAUCCACGCCCUGCAAAAAGAGAUUAAGCAAAGCAGCUGCUCAAUAAAACGCAGCGUCGAAAAGGCUCCUUCAGUGCAAGCGGCCGAAGCAGAAGUGGAGAAGGCGAAGAACGAGUUGCUAAGCCUCAAAGAAGAAGGUUUUAAGCUCAUGGACGUGAUGGAUGCUAUAAGGGAAGAGAUACAGCAGAUUUAUAAGGAGAAGGAGCGAUCCAGCGUCAUCAAACAGAGACUAGAAUCCACACUCGAGCACCUGAAGUAUGAGCUCCACAGUUCCAAGUCCAAAUUGGAGGUUGCCUCCGUUGCUGAGAAGAGGGCUUCAGAUUUAGUCCUCGAUCUCUCGGCGGCUCUGCGACAACUGCAGGCAGAUAGAGAUGCAGCCAGAAGAGAUGCGGAGUUGACACAUGAAGCAAUCAAAGCUUUGAGACGGGAAGUGAAGAAGACAGAAUCUAGUGUUUUGCACAUGGAAGACGGACUUCAAGCAGCAAUUGAAGAGAUGGAAGAAGCAAUAGCAUUUGAGGCAGUUGCAGAGCAGACGCUGAGGGCAAUUACUGAGAGAACCAGUAGUGACAGAGCAAACGCCAUGUCUAAAUUUGAGUACCAUUUGAUAAAGCAAGCCAAGGCAGCGCAGGAGAUUGCUGGCCGAAAAGUAGCAGAAGCUCAAUCGUGGAUAGAAGCAUUGGCAAACGGUAAAGAUAGAGAGAAAAAAACUCGCAGAAGAAGUCUUUCCACCGGUUCCAACAAAGUGCAUGUGCCUAAAAAGGUAGUCAAAACUAAGCUCAGUGCUCAUGAAGGAGAUACGAAAAGGAGAUCUUUAGACUUGAAGCUUGCUCCUGCUGUCAAAAGGAGAUCUCUUACUGUAAGCCGAGUGCCAGAACAAUCCAGGAGAGCGAAGAGCAGGAGGUCAGGAAGCUCAUCGAGAGGGCAGCCGAGUGUAGUCUCAUCGGACACAUGCUUGGCGGCCAGUAGAAAGACGAUCGUUCUCAAGCUGAUUAGGUUUCUCGGUGGAAGUGGUAAUUGACCUUCAAAAGCUAACUGUUCAAUCUUCAAUAUUACAAUAGUUAUAUUUCCUUAGAGGUGUUGUUGCAAAUACAUGUCAUAAAUAUUUUCCCUUUGCUGCAUUUUGUUACUAGCCGAGAAUAGAUAGUGAUGCUAAUUUCCAGGAACUGGAUGGUCGACAUGGUACCAUGCACGCAUCUCUAGCUGGUCACUCACCGUUGCGAGAACACACGUUAAUACUGCUUUGACCGUCUCUCUGUUGGCACUUGUCUUCGUUUUUUUGUCUCUGCCAAUUAACAUGGCACCAUGCACACAUCUCUAGCAAGUCAGUCACCGUUACGAGAGCACACAUUAAUGCUGCUUUGAGCGUCUUCCUGUUGGCACUUGUCCCUCCCCUUCCCUUGCAGCCACACACAGCAAAGCACUGUCCCGACCGCCCCCGGCAUAGAGUGACAUUCGGCGAACAAUACAAGGGAUGGACCAGUGAGUGAGUCAUUCGUUAUCAGUGACACAGCAGCGCACUAGAUCCGGCAGACGGCAACAUAAUUGCCACCGUCACAACAGUCGUCUACCCUCCCGUUCAAGGAAAUAAAGGCACCGGUGGCUCCAUUAUCCCUGCGUAGCUUAAACAGGAAGAAAGAUUUGGCUUAAGCGAAAGGGACCAGUUUAUAUUAAUGCUUAUAAAAUCUUUGUUUUAUUUUUGUCCUGCUCCGUUCCGCGAAUCCUUCGUCCCUAAACCUUGAUUUGACUCCGUCACCCUCCCGUUCAUGGAAUCGUCUCCGGCGAGUACCUCCGGGCGCGGGUACCCAUACUCCGUCAACUCCUCGCCUCGAUCCCGAGGCGGCGACUCGUGGCGUGUCAUGUGCAGCUACGGCGGCCGCAUCCUCCCCCGCCCCACCGACAAGUCUCUCUGUUACCUAGGCGGCCAGACGCGCAUGGUCGUCAUCGACCGUCGCGCCACUCUCGCUGACCUGUCCGCCAAGCUCUCGCGCGACCUACUGGGCGGCGCCACCCCCUUCACCCUCAAGUACCAGCUUCCCAACGAGGACCUCGAUUGCCUCAUCUCCGUCGCCGCUGACGAGGACCUCGAGAAUAUGAUUGACGAGCUCGAUCGCAUCGCUGCCGCCCCGGCCUCUUCUGGAAGCGGCAGCGGGUCGAGGCGCUCCGCCGGCCUUCGUCUUUUCCUCUUCCCCGCGAAGUUGGAUUCGACGCCUUCUUCCGCCAUUGGGUCGCUGAUCGACGCGUCUAAGUCGGGGACUUUGUUCGUUGAUUCUCUCAAUUGCGCGAUUAGCGGCAUGGGCGUGGAGGAAAUCCCUCGAGGUUCGACCGAUUCCGCCUCGAUCAACUGCCUUCUUGGCCUCGACGAUGGUUCCUCCACCCACAUGCCCGGUGUCGGUGGACAAUCGGAAGCCGAACGGCGCAUCCUCCUUCGCCCCGAUUCCUCCAGUGGGCUCGGACGCCAUGGCCAGGAAGUCCAAUCCGUCCCUGGUUCGCCCAUGCUUGAUAAAGCUUCUUCCUUCGGAUCUACCUCGUCUACUCCACUCUCCAAUCUCCCACCCAUCCCCGUCCCUACCAUCGAUCGGACUACUGAGCGCCAAGAUCAUCAGUUCUCCCACAUCAACCGAUCACCGGACUACGCCUCCAAGCAAAGGGUCGAAGAGGGUUUCAAAGACGCAGACCAUGCUGCUCAUCCCCCGCCACCCUCCGCCCCUCCCUUUCCCGAUCGUCUCUGCUUCUUCUCCUAACAUCUCCCCAACUGAAAACCCGAAUAGAGACAUCUCCGAUGACGAUAAGUCUGAUCGUGGAGGCUUGAGGAAACCGUCACAGUGGCUGAUUACCCCACAAGACGAUAAUAACAUCCUCUGUGAUCCAGAUUCAAGGGCCAUGAACUCAAAUCCAGUGAAUACCAGCUAUUUUAUAUCAUCGCCGCCAGUCACGGAAUUACCAGCUUAUAUAAUGCCUCGAACCCAUUCAGAGCAACUACAGAGGCAACAGCCCCGUCUCCAUUUUCAGCAACGGCAACCACAGUUUAUGCCAGCGAAUACUCCUUACAUACAUCAAACAGCAACUGGAGCAGUUCUCUCGAUGCCCUCCCACUACCCAAUUGCCGGUCAUCCAAUGCACCAGACGCCACAAGUUCGUUCACUCGAUCCCCAGGUUCCGGUGUUCUACAUGCCUGUUCACGAUACUACACCUUACAAUUCGGCAGCAGUUCCGCCCAAUUUAACAGAUGCCCGUACUUUACACACUCUAGGAAAGCCAUCAGCGCCGAUUCAAGCAGUUCCGACAAAGUCCGCUGUUCCAAUAAGUGCCUAUGUAACACCCGUACAGGUUGCAGCCAAUCAAUCUCACCCUUAUGCAGGAACAGGGUAUCAUGUCAUACAGCAUCCUCAUCAAUCUCAGUCCCCAUCGACAAUGGUUAAUUAUAGCUAUGAAAUGCCUGCUGCCACUGGCCAUCCACAGAUGGUCUACUCUCAGGCAGCUUCCCAACCAGCGUUGCCCCGGCAGUAUCAGCCAGCCAGAUCCGCAGCUUGUUACGGGAGAGCAGCUCCCGAAGAUUUGAACAAUCAAAAUAUAACAAGAGCUCGUUGAG